AUGAAAAGCUAUCGACCACAUGCUCUUCUAGCACUCGGAAUUUCCAGCCUCGGCUUCGCAAAUGCCGUGCAAGAAUACACCGACGUGGUACGGUUCCGCAGCCCCGGCGGUGUAACCGCCGAUUCUCUGCACAACAUUCAUGUGGAGUUUGAAAGUCAAUUUGAAGGUCAUCUGCAAUUUGUCUACGGAGGAUGUGGAAUCGAAGAUCCGGCACAAAAUCACCAUGAGAUUGGGAACACGUUCGUGAAACGUGGAGCACACCCGGAGCGUUUUGUCUGGGCAACGCCAUCCGAUACACCCAGUCUGGAUUGUCUGCAUGCUUUCUCCGGUACAAGAUGUUUGGGUCGCUCUCCUCCUAUCCACGUUUCGUCGCCCAUCAAGAAGCGUGAGAACAUCGCUGAUGUGGCUGAUGCCAUGGGACCGUGGUUCGAUGGAGUGGCUUAUAUGAAAUCCAAAACCAAUGAAGAAGCCUUUGUAACUCGAGCCAAGAAUAGCUCAGUGGCGAUUAUUGGUGGUGGGAUAUCCGGGCUCAUGACAAGUCUGCUCCUUGAGUCCGUCGGAAUUCACAAUUGGCACAUUUACGAAUCAUCCGAGCGAAUCGGCGGCCGCAUUCGUACCAAGUAUCUCAAUAACACAAGGCCUGAUGAGUACCAAUACCAGGAAAUGGGGGCUAUGCGGUUCCCAGUGAGUAUCACUUAUGCGGAUACAAAUGAGACUUUGGAAAUACAAGAUCACCGCAUGGUCUUCCAACUCGCCGACGUCCUCAACAAGAUGAAUGCAGAUCAACCAGAUCUCGCUAUCGAAUUCAUCCCCUGGCAUGAAAGAGGUCCCAACUUGCCAGCAAACUCUGGUGGACAUCGUCUGCCGAAUGGUCGAAUUCCCAGUGCCGCUGAUGUUACAGCGAACAGAUCGCUUGUUUACACACCGACAUCAGCCCAAGAAUCAGUGAUUAUGAAUGCUGAAUCAGCCUAUGAGAACCUUACCAACCUUCACAACAAAGAGACCUUGCGGGCGAUUGGAAAGAAUAUGUACACAGCGCACAAGCAAGCUGUGGAAAGUGGGUUGCUGGACUGGUCUGAAGCCGGAUACCUACAAUAUGCCAAAGGCUAUAAUUAUAGUAUUGUCGACAAGGUAACCGACUCGUACAAUUUCGACAUUUGGCAAUCUUUUUAUUACGAGGUAUACCACGCGUCGACCGAUUUACGCACCAUCGACAAAGGCGUCGAGUCACUUCCACGAGCAUUUACCCCACAUAUCGAAGGGAAGAUUACUUUGAACCAUACAGUAGAAGGCCUCAUCUAUAACGAAACCAACGACAAAAUUGCUAUAGCCUGGCGCAAGGAUCCUCUUCAAAUGAUACCUGAGACUAUCGAGUACGAUCACGCAGUCGUAACCGUCCCAUUCACCAAAGUGCGGCUGUGGGAUCUGCCACGAUUCUCAUCCGUCCUCAAUCGCGCCAUCUCUACGCUAAACUACGCCCCGGCCUGUAAAAUCGCCCUAAAUUACAAAACACGCUUCUGGGAACACCUGGAAGCCCCAAUCUUUGGGGGCUGUGGCUCCGUCGAUGUACCUGGUAUCGGAGACAUAUGCUAUCCCUCAUACAACACAAAUGGCACCGGUUCAGGCGUAGUCCUGGCAUCGUACAUCUUUGAUGCGCCAGCACGUUCAAUAGCUGCUCUCAGUGACGAGGAACAUGUCGCACUUGCCCAACGCACGAUGGUCGAAGUUCAUGGCGAGAUUGCCGCGGAGCAGUUCACUGGCCAUUAUGAGAGAAAGUGUUGGGAGACGGAUAGACAUCAAGCGGGUGCAUGGGCGGAUCCAGUUGUUGGGCAGCAGAAGGAGUAUUUGCCUGCUUAUUAUCAGACAGAAUUCAAGACCAUUUUUGUGGGUGAGCAUACUAGUUACACCCAUGCUUGGGUAUUUUCGGCGUUGGAUUCGACUGUCAGGGGUACAGCGCAGUUGUUACUCGAUCUUGGGUUGGUAGAUGAGGCUAAGGAAAUUGUUCAGACUUGGAUGGGGAGGUGGAUUCGGUUGUGA